AUGCAUCUUUUCCUUCUUUCUACGCUCACCUGCCCCAGGAAAUCGUGCUGCACUGCCAACGCCGGCUUCACUGUCGACGUCACUGAGCAGGCGGAAGACGACGCCCCGGAGUAUAACAUCGAUAUAGUUCGCAAGUUAGCCAGCAGAAUGGACUAUCCUAUGCUCUAUGGCAUGGUUGGACAUGCAGUUGAAGGUCUGCCUCCCGAUUUACCAGACGACUAUGACUCAAACCAGGAAUUUCUAACUGUCCUCGCAUAUACGCUUUACGGGUUUAUAAUACUUGAGGGUUCUAUUACUUGCAAUAGCUGCGGACUAGUCUUUCCAAUUACUGAAGGCAUACCGCGCAUGCGGCUCCCUGAGGAGGACGCAGACGAUCCAAUCAGAAACUGA